AUGAUUCGUUGGCCGCUCUUUUUUGCAGUCCAAAUCCUGCAGAUGAUCGCUGGAGCGGUCAAUAACUCCACUCAUCGGCAGCAUCCCCCCCAUGAGCGCAGCACUGCCAUUUAUGCGGCAGUACUAGGUGGCAACGGCAAGAUUGCCGACGGCUGGCCACGUAUCGAUCAAUGGGCUGACUCUCUUGAAACCAUGUUUGAGAACAACAAAGGGACCAUAUCUGUCAGCUGUGCCGAAUGGGGGCUCCCUAAUAACUCGGAAGACGAAAUCCAGUUCAUCAAGGAUGCCAUCUUCCAAGCGGAGAAAUCAAGCGGCGUCGACGCGCGCUUUAUCUUGUCGAUCGUCAUGCAGGAGAGCAAAGGAUGCGUUCGUGUCCAGACCACAAAUAAUGGGGUUGCUAAUCCUGGACUGAUGCAAAGCCACGAUGGACCGGGGUCCUGCAACAAAAAUGGAGCAAUUCAGAACCCUUGCCCCAGGAGCGAGAUACUCCAGAUGAUCCUGGACGGCGUCGAAGGCACCCCAGCCGGCCCUGGUCUCAUGGCACUGAUAGCUCAAGAGGGCGGCGCAGCAGAUGUGACUUCAUAUUACAAGGCUGCGCGUGCUUACAACUCCGGCGCGGUGGCUUCUAACGGGAAUCUGGGCCAGGGCGGUGCCACUCACUGCUAUGUUUCUGACGUCGCCAAUCGCCUGAUGGGUUGGACCGAUGGACCCAGUUUGUGCGCUCCAGAUGCCAUUGGUCAAAUAUCUGCUGCUUUUUGGGAUGGCGACAGUUCUGCUGGGCGCACUGACCGCAAUGAGACGUCGAAUACUACAACUGCGCGGAUUUUUGCCCAUACCCACGGCUCCUCUUCGUCUAGCCUAAGCGCACCCUCAAUACCCACUAUGCAGUCGUCUGUGACCUGGACCUCUGCGCGGGUCUCUCGCAGUUCAACUUCAUUGGCUUGUAGACGCGAGGGCAAUUAG